CAGUGGAUGGUUGGGAGAGGUGUCAGAACCAGGCUGGAGGAAAGGAACCGUAACAUCUGCCCAUUCAUCCGACCAUCAAUAACCUUUCUUCGGUAUUGCAGGAGGAUGUUAGAGGCUGUUCUGGAGUAUGUCUGUCCCUCUAAGCAGCAUAUCGCGUAUCGCGUCUUGCGUUAGUGAUCUUGUCAGUCUGAUCACAACGACAAUACAUCAAUACUACUAUGCCUCCCUAUCACCUAAUCCACCUAUUCUCCGAUUCGUUCAGUAUCCUGCAACGACACUCAGCAUUGAGCAUCUUUAUUACUGGCAUGGGAUUCUAUCUAGUCAUCGAUGCAUGGCUUACUGGCGCAUGACGUUGACUCUAUCAGCAGGUCUCUGCUCCAUACCUUUCCAGCCUCUUUCUCUCUCGGUUCUUUUUUUUCUUCUAUCUCUUUUCCUAACUCUUGAGUUUCGCUCGCGGGGCAAUUUUUACUUUGCCGCGAUUCUCUCUCUCUCUGACCCAGCACAUGUCUCAAAGCUUCAGCGAAUCCCAUUAACUUUUCUCUGUAUGGAGUAUUGAGUAGUCCUCCGUAGCGUCCUCCCAACUCUCGGGAUCCACGGCCCACCUGGAAUCAGCUUUGGAGCGACAAGCCACCCGCUUCCGGUCUGCGGUCGAUCGUUUUACAGGCGCAGUUCCCGCGCCAGAGUGUCGGGUCCGCCUCUUGAGCCAUGAGGAAUCCUAUACUUUGGCGGAUGAGACUCGGAGUGUCUUUGCCAGUCCCACACUGAUUGAAUUUCUUUUUUUUCCCCUGCUGAUCGUCUAGUUCUCAAUUAGGUCAUGCUCGAUGUUGCCUUCCAUCAUGAUCGGAUCACCCGAUAAAUACAAAGUAACUAACU